AUGGCCGACUUCAUGUCCACUCCUUAUCCUAAUGACACGGAUGAGUACAGCAAUUCAGUAACCAAUACUACAUAUUCUGGUGAUCAGGUCGACGGAGGUGAGUUAAUAUUGAGGAAGAUCGCCACGGUUAUCACGGCGGUCGGCAUCGUUCUCAACCUGGCAUUCAUUAUUGUCGUUGCCCGCCACAAGUCCAUGAACAACCAUAUCAACGUCUAUUUGGUCAACCUGGCAGUGGCUGACCUCAUGGUCGUGGUCUUGGCAUGCUUUGGGAUGUACACGAACAUUCUGUCGUAUCUGCCUUCAAACUACGUCGGGUGUUUCUUCAUCGUGCUGGUGACAAUGCCGUACUAUGCCAGCACCGCCAUCGUGUCGUUGGUGGUGGCCGAUCGGUACUUGGCCGUCUGUCACCCGUUGCGGCACCGAGUGGUGGCCUGCAAGGCACGCAGCGCCAAGCUCGUCACGGUGGCGUGGUGUUUCAGUAUCGUCUACACGUGCAUCGUUUACCUGGAGAGCACCAUAGAAACACAAGGUUGUCAGCUCCUGCAGGGUUCCGGGGAGAGCUACACCAUAAACACCCAAGGCGAAACCCAAACCUUCCUCUUCAGUGAGAUCUUCAAACCACUCCCUGUGGUUCUCCUGUUGAUCUGCAGUAUCGUCAUGUACACUCGGAUGAUCAAGUUAGUCCGAAAUCAAGUCAAAUUCCGAAAACAAGUUAACUCGGCUGCCGUAACUAGAUCAGAGAAACCGAGUCAAAGUUGUGUGAGAAUGAACAGAAUGGUUGCAACGAACACCUUCGUUUUCUUCAUCUGCCUAUCACCGAGGACUUCUCUUCUGAUCGCCAACUACAUCCAAGCCGCCUUUGGGUUGAAACUAUUCCAGCACCCGGUGCUGACAGUAGUCUCGACUAUGCUCUUGUUCACCAACUCGUGCAUCAAUCCGUUGAUCUACAAUUUGACCAAUAAAACCUACAGGCGGGCAUUUCGCGAGGUGUUCUUUGGCUGUUUGUCUCAAUCUCCAGCAUCGGAUUCUGGGAAGAAGUCAACAGUCUACAACAUCUCAAAAUGA